AUGAAGUAUUCUUCCUUGGUUCGGGCGGCCGGGGUGGCUGCGGCUUUCUCAGAAAAUGAGAAAAUUACACUCCACGAACGUUCCCUUCCCAACGCUCCCGAUGGCUAUGUCCCAACCGAAGUCGAAUGCCCAUCCAACCGCCCGACUGUUCGCAGCGCAGCAAGGCUCUCGUCCCACGAAACGGACUGGCUUGGUCAGCGUCGCAAGAAAACAUUCGAUGCGAUGAAGGAGUUUUUUGGUCACGUCAAGAUUAGCGAUUUUGACGCUGUCUCCUAUCUGCAAAAGGCAGCACAUGACAUGGACAAUGUGCCCAAUGUAGGCAUUGCUGUCUCCGGCGGAGGAUACCGCGCUCUGAUGAAUGGCGCCGGCGGACUCAAGGCGUUUGACAGCAGGACUGAGAACUCCACUGCCUCGGGGCAGCUUGGGGGGCUGCUGCAAUCAGCGACAUAUUUGUCUGGUCUCAGCGGUGGGGGUUGGUUACUCGGCUCGCUAUAUAUGAACAACUUCACGAGCGUUUCUUCUCUGCAGACGGAUACCGUGGGUACUCCGUGGCAGUUUUCAAAUUCAAUCCUCGUUGGUCCGGAUGAUGGCGGCCCCCUUCUAUCAUCUGCAUUGGAGUAUAUGGAAGCAACCCGCGAUGCCGUCAAGGCAAAGAAGGAGGCCGGCUUUUCUACAACAGUCACGGACUAUUGGGGUCGAGCACUGGCAUACCAGCUCAUUCAUGCGUCCGAAGGCGGCAUCAAUUUCACCUGGUCCUCAAUCGCCAAGUCACACAACUUUCAGGAAGCCGAUAUGCCUCUGCCUAUCCUUGUGGCUGAUGGCCGCAAUCCAGGCGAGCUCCAUGUUGGUGGCAAUGCGACCGUCUACGAGUUCAACCCGUGGGAGUUUGGCACUUUCGACCCGACUCUGUUUGGAUUCGUGCCACUCGAGUAUCUGGGAUCUCGCUUCAUCGGCGGCAAAUUGCCCAGCAAAGAGAAGUGUGUUCGCGGUUUUGAUAACGCGGGAUUCGUUAUGGGCACCUCGUCUAGCCUGUUCAACCAAUUCUUGCUGAACAUCAACGACACCGAUAUACCCGAUGCAGCCAAAGAUAUCUUGGCCGGCGUUCUGGAGUUGGUUGACGACCAGGAGAAAGACAUUGCCAAUUACACCAAUCCAUUCUAUCUCAAUCCUGGAUCCAAGUCCCAUUACGCUGAAUCGGAAUUCCUCGCGGUUGUGGACGGGGGCGAAGAUCUUCAGAAUCUCCCCUUGCAUCCGCUCAUCCAACCUGAACGCCACGUGGAUGUGAUAUUUGCCAUCGACUCGUCUGCAGAUAACAACAACUGGCCUGACGGCACUUCCCUGGUGGCUACAUACGAACGGAGCCUGAAUUCCAAGAUCAACAAUGACACUGCUUUCCCAGCAAUCCCCGAUCAAAACACGUUUGUCAAUCUCGGAUUGAACACACAUCCGACCUCCUUUGGCUGCAACAGCUCGAACAUCACCGGAACCGGAGACGCCCCCUUGAUCGUGUAUAUUCCUAACUCGCCUUAUACAACACAUUUCAAUGUCUCUACCUUCGAUCGGAAGUAUAACAACACCCAGCGCGACGCCAUCAUCAUGAAUGAAUACCAUGUUGCCACGAUGGGAAAUUCAACUCGGGAUUCAGACUGGUCCACUUGCGUUGGAUGUGCCAUGCUGAGCCGUUCUUUUGAGCGUACCAACACCUCGGUGCCUAGUAUCUGUGGCCAGUGUUUUGAUCGGUAUUGCUGGAAUGGCAAAACAGAUAGUCGCAAGCCAGAUAGCUAUGAGCCGAAGAUGGUUCUCACAGAGCAGAGUCUCACUAACUCGGCUGCUGGAUUGACCAGUCCUCUUCAAUGGGCUUCACUCGUGUUAGGGGCAACUUUCCUUGCCCUUUUCUAUUAGCUUGGUCGAGCUGCUUUGGCAGGGUUUCGUGUGCCAGCCCUGGCCAGGCCUAAUUCCGGACCUUCGUCGUCUGUCUUACAUUCUUUACUUUUCCUUCGUUUCUUUUCUGGCACAUUCGUUGAAUUGCUUUCCCUUUGUAUAUCCUGAACCUUCACUCCUGUAUCUUUCUCCCCUUGACUUAUUCCUUUCAAAAACCUGCCUUAUGCCUUCCUGCUUAUGCCUCAGGUCUUCAUCUGGGCACUCCUUCCAUCCUUUCUAUCUAGCGCCCUAUCCCGCGGGCAGGACAAACCUUGAAAUAUCACCUUGUUUAUCACGUAUAAUGCAUCGCUCGUGGAUACAACAUAACUGCU